AUGCCACCUAAAGCCGAUCCAAAUCAAAAGAAAGAGCUUGUCGUGAAAGUCCUUGCUGGUGAUGCCGCCGCCGGUGCUUCCCUUGGUCCAAAAGUUGGUCCAUUGGGUCUUAACCCAAAGAAGACUGCUGAUGAUCUUGCUAAGUCAACCCUUGCAUGGAAAGGCUUGAGAGUGACUGUCAGAAUCACUGUCAUUAACAGAGUCGCCACUUACGAAGUUAUCCCAUCUGCUUCUGCUCUUAUCUUGAAAGCUCUUAAGGAGCCACCAAAGGACAGAAAGAAGAACAAAGGUGUCCCAACCGUUCACUCUGGCUCCAUCUCUAUGGACGAUGUCUACGAAAUUGCCAGAACCAUGAGACCAAGAUCUCUUGCUAAGAACUUCUCAGGAACCGUCUGUGAAAUCCUCGGAACCGCCGUCUCAUGUGGUUGCCAAGUCGACUCUAGAUCACCAAGAGAAGUCAUUGCUGACAUCAAGGCUGGUAAGAUCGAAGUCCCAGAAAACUAA